GUUCUUGGAAUUUUAGAAGAGGCCCAAAAAGGAUCACAGAUCAAUUCAACUCGUAGCGUUUUUUCGGGAGACACACACGACAAUGGACAAAACGAUCGACUGGGCACUGGGGAUUCGUGUUCCUUGCGGUUGGAGAGCAGCAGGCCCUCUUCGAUCGAUGGUUCCCACUGUGGACUUAUUUCGAUCCCAAACCAUUCAAUUCGUCGAGAUUUCACUGUCGAACAACUCGUCCUCUUCUUCUGAGCGAGAAUUUUUAAGCUCUGUUUAGCUAGGCAUCAAAGCAAUGAGCGCUCGAGCCCAUGGAGAAAGAUAUUUUCCCUGGCGAGGGGAGAGAGAGAAAAUCCCGGCCGUUAAUGGUUAAGCAUAUUCGUCAGGCAUAACGCGUGCUAGCCGUCCAUACGGGGAUCAUCGUGGCCGUUGCCCACACUCACACGAUGGCGCUUUUAAGCUAGUGAAGAUCUCUCGCUGGGACGACCAACCGAUCCUCUCUUUGGAUUCCAGCGAGACCCAAGGAAAAGCGAGAGAGAGAGAUCCAUUCCAUAGCAGCAUUUGGACGAUACCAUCGGGGUAAGGAAGGGAUUUUUGAUGCUAGGAGAGAUUCUAGAGGGGAGGAAGAGGAAGAAGAAGAGGAAUGCGGUGCUUCGCCCACAAGAAAUCGCGGCACAAGAAGGCAUCACUGGCGGGGCAGGACGCCUCCGCCAAGAUGAUGCGAACCAUGUCGGCUCCACCCACAUUCCUGGUCACGGAUGACGACCCAAUCCCGCCGCCGCCACCACUGGCUCACCCAUCGCCAUCGCCCUCGCCAUCGCCAUCUCCCAGCGCCAUCGCCAGAAACCCAAGAUCAAAGCCCACCGCCAUCGCGGUGCCCAAGAUCUCCACCAGGAUGGAAGAUGGCUCCACGUCGCCCCUCGUCACUCACUCAGGCCCCAGUGGAUACGCGAGCUUGAGCGGCGUGAGGAGGGAUCCCAUCGUCUUCCGGGGCCAGCCACUGCCGCUGCCCACGCCAGAGUCUUGCGGCCUCUCGCCAGAACCAUCGAGACUCAUGGGCUCCCCGGCGGUGACCAGGGAUUCCACCGCCGCCAGUGAUCACCAUCGCCCCGGCAAGGAGUUCAAGAAAUCGGCAUCCAUGCCACUGCCAAGGCCACCGCCAGUAGCCCACGAGAGGCUGGCCGCCGCGCACAUCACCUUUUGCCCCGAGACCUCGUGCAUUGGCGAGUCCGGCAAUGGCCCGGCUUUCACUUGCACCGUCUCGAUCGAUGCCAAUCCCCGCGGCGGCGGUAGCAGCAAGGACUCCACGCAAGCGGUGCUCGUCCGGCUAUCGGAUACGACAAUGCAGGAUUCCAAGGCUUGGAUCGAGCACGUCAAGGAGAUUGUGUGCCUGCGCGACGCGCACCUCAGCCGGAUCCUGGGAUUCAGCUUCACCACCGACGAGAAGCUGGUGGUUUACGAGAUCCAGGCCAACGGGAGCUUGGACAGGCUCUUGUAUGGCCGGAGCCGCGAUCGGCCGCCGCUCGACUGGGCAACGCGGGUGAGGAUCGCCACCGAUGCUGCGCGGGGGCUCGCGUUUCUUCACGAGCGAUCGCCCACAAAGCUCAUGUACAAGGACUUUAGAACUUUCAACGUGCACGUCGACAAGGAGCUGCGAGCACGACUCAUGGGCUAUGGAUUCACGCAGAGGUUUAUGAAUCCGAGCUCGCUCAUGGUGAGAUCAAAAGUUUUGGCAGAGAGGAUCUUGACAAGAUGUUGCUCUUUGUGCUUGAAGGUGGCGGCCUACGCGGCGCCCGAGCUUCUCCAACGAGGAGCGCAGUCGCUACCAUCGCCCAAGAGCAACGUGUGGAGUUUCGGAGUGGUGCUGCUGGAGAUUCUCACCGGCCGCCAGAACCGGGACGAGAUGUUCGCGGUGGAGGAGCAGGACCUGGUCGGCUGGACGGCGCCGUAUCUAGCCAACGACAAGAAGCUCUUCCUGGUCGUGGAUCCGGAGCUCAAGGGGAUGUUCCCGGCGAGAUCCGUGUCGCUCUUUGCAAAGCUGGCGGCGCAGUGUUUGCAAAGAGACCCGGCGGCGCGGCCCAGCAUGGAUCAAGUUGUCCAGUCCCUGGAGCACGUCCAGGCCGAGCGCGAUCACCACAUCAAAUUGUUCGAUGCCUCGGUGGGGAGUGACAGUCGCAAGCCACUCAUCGAAGCUCUCAGGGAGUGUAGCAGCCCCGGGGCGGCGGUGGCGAUCCAUCCGGCCUUCUCCACCGUCAAUGGCACUCACGUCCAGAAGAAGAUCGUCACCCGGAUCAUCAAAACGCUGUGUUCUUCGCCAGGAACUUUCGACUAGAUUGAGGGA